AGCCUUUCCAUGGUUUCUCGGUCUCCAUCCUAUUCUACUCCGUACACUCACUCUAUCAUCAUCAUCUUCUCAUAAUUAUUGACAAGAACAACAAAUUCAAUCUGUAAUUACUAAUAGUAAUUCACUUCAUCCCCUUUUCCCCCCAUCUCCAAAACAUCACUAUUAUCACCACCACCACCACCACCACCACUACUACUACUAUUACUACUACUACUACCACUACCACCACCCACCCACCCACCCAACCAAAAAACGAAAGAAAGACAAAAUGCCAUCCUGGCCAACCCUCCCCACCCAAUGGCCACAACAAUGGCCACAGUUCCGAUCCUGGCCCCGAUCCUGGUCUUUAUCCAACCUCCAACCUCACCUCACGUUCGCAACGCUAACACUCACCACAACCCUGACCAUCCUCCUCCCGCUCGCCUACCGGAACUACAAAACCUACCUGUCGUACGGCCCCGGCGGCGCCCCCUACAACCUGAUCGGCUGGUUCGGGGUGACAUUCCUGCUGUUGCCGUUCGGGAGCCGCAAUAUGACGAGUACCGCCGUGUACGAGAAGAAGAUCGAGGCGGGGGAAACGGAGUCGUAUCUUUCCGAGACGACGGUACGUCUGCUGGGUGAGAAGAAGAGGGGGAGGCCGACGGUGGGACCGCAUUAUGUGCCGCAGAGGCAGAUAGAUACGUUUGCGGGGGAGGAGGUGAAGAAGCGCCUCGAUGCUGAAUUCUACGCCCUGGUAGAAAGGAACUCCCAGCUAGUGAAACUGGCAGACUCGAGGCUAGAACGCCAUGCGAACGCGAUUUUCCUUGCAGACGGGGUGGUGGGCAAUGACGCAGCCGGCCGGAUGAAGGGCGAGUGUGCGCAUAUUCACCGCCUGAAGGAUUAUUCGCUGCAUGUGGUGCUGGCGCCGGCGGAUUGUAAAAGGGUAUUUGAUGCGGGCUGGGCGCAACGACAUGGUUUCAGUGGCAUCAAGAUUCCAACGACCUUGACGGGCGGGCAAGAGCUCGAUUUGCCAGCUGAGUAUGUCUUUCUCUAUGCUCCCAGGACGGAGGAGGAAGUGGCAUUGGUCAUGGGCGUUGUCACGGCUGGUUUGCGAUACCUGACUGGCCAGGAAGUGCGCUAGAUGGGUUGGUGCCCAGCAGGAUCGGACCGUUGAACGUAAGAGUGGCAUGGCACGGCUCAAUCAUGCAGAAUUGUUUAGGAGACAAACGAUAAUUAAAAAAAAAAGCUCCCCUC